ACAAAAGCAGUUCUUUGCUGAGGUUCCACGGAGAAGGAUCUUGCAGCCGAAGGGGAAGGAACGGAGAGAGAGAGAGAGAGAGAGAGAGAGAGAGAGAGCCAGAAAGCAGUUGGAGCAAAAUAAAUAAAUAAAUAAAUAAUACAGUUCUGGAGAUCCCUACGAGAUCAAAACGGAGAAGAAACAGAUUAUCCGAAGGCAGAAAGUUCGUCUUGGCCGGGGGAUUGCCAGUUGUUUCUCUGAAGAGAGAUUUUUCGGCUCCUGGAAGAAUUCUUGGAUCCGAACAUGUGGGAAGUUGGCCCCUUUGGACUUCAAACUUCUGCACACGUUUUCCCACCGGUGAGAAAAGUUGUGGGGGGCAAGUUCUAGAGGGGUGGGUAGCCCGGGCCACUUUCUGUGAAAUUUCGGGCUGAAAUUUCGUGAAGUUUCGACCCAAUUAUUGGUCCCACACCUCAGCCUGCUCCUAACCAGUCUUGGGAUUUUCCAAGCCUUUUGGACGACCUAUUUUGUCCCCAACUGAAGUGUGAGGGUUGGAAUCAUUUUUGGCGAGGAAGGGAAUUGGAUGCCGGGGGUUGGACGGACAACCAUUCAUCACUCUAGAGCCUGGAUGCUCAUCUUGGGCUGCUAUCUCAGAGGAGUAUAAUUCAGCGAGCGCAUCACUUAGGCGGCCGGGCUUAGCCGGAGAACCUUGGGACCAGCAGAAGACCAGCUGCUGAUGUGUGGCCGUGGUUCUGAACCAGCAGCGAGAGGCUCGAACCGGAUCCGAUCCUUUGCUUGAGAGAAGAAGGGAAGGGCAACCCACAGUGCCCGGAGACUGAUCUCCGUUUUGGUGUCCGUCUUCAGAGGGUUUCCUCGCCUCUCAUCUUUUCCUCACGAAGAUGCCCGGCAAAGCCAGAAUACGAUGGUGGAGUUGGUUCCUUCUGGUGAUGCUGGUGUGCCAGGAGGCGUCUCGUUUCCGAGUCGCCGCGGCGAAGAAAGAACGGAAGAAGCUCAAGGAGCCCAACCAGUACACCGAGCCUUUCAACGCCACCCUCUCCAACAGCGAAGAGCUCAACGGGCACUCCAAGAUGCUAGAGUCUCCAGACCCUCGCAUCACCGACCCGCGUCGGACAUGGAUCUCUUUUGUGCAUCGUCCCGAUGACAGCAGCAACUCCAAAAAGAAAUGCAAAGGGAGAGAUAAGAAAUUACGUGGGCUUGUUGGCCCCCCUGGCCCGCCAGGUCCUCCGGGUCCCCCGGGUGCCCCAGGAGCUGAGGUCACCCAGGAGGUUUUGCUACAGGAAUUUAAAGAAAUGUUAAAAGACGCCACCGAGAGGCGGGCGUCCUCAGCAAUACCACCGCCGCCUCCCAGCGAGAUGCCCCCUCCGCUCCUCUCCUUGGACGAGAUCUCCCCCUACAAGCGGGUCGAGGAGGCGUUCCACUGCAAACUGAAAGGCCAGGUCGUGGUGGACAAGAAGACCUUGAUGGAGCUUCAGAACUUCCAGAUGCCUGUGGCCAAGGGAGCGUUUCUCCGAGGAACUGGGUUGAACCUACUCACUGGCCGGUUCACAGCUCCAGUCUCUGGCAUUUAUCAGUUUUCAGCCAACAUCCACAUCGACCACAGUGAGCUGAAAAGCAAGCUGCAGCUACGAGCCAGAGACAAUCUCCGGGUAUUGAUCUGCAUCGAAUCCCUCUGUCAUCGAUAUAUGUCUUUGGAAGUCAUUGCCGGUCUGGAGAGUAACAGCAAAAUCUUCACAGUCUAUGUCCACGGACUCCUGCAGUUACAGGCUGGACAGUACACCUCGAUCUUUGUCGACAACGGUGCCGGUGCACCCAUCACCAUCCAGAAUGGGUCCGAUUUCAUGGGGAUGCUGGUGGGAGUCUAAGUCGGGAGACCUCCAGCGAUGGCGUAAACGAUCCGAGAGCCUCCGUGCCUCAACGUUGACCCCUCACCGUGAAGGAUCCGCCUUCUCUACGCCAUUCACCAAUAAUCCAGCUGAGCACAGCAAACAUGGUUUCCUUCCUGCCAGGGGUGUAACCACCUCCGAAAAGAAAUGGGGUACAGAACAGACCUAGCCCACUGAAACCGCCCCCCCUCCCCGGUCCAGAUUUAUACCCACCCACCCCCUUUAGGGAACAUUUUUGUCCGAUACACUCGUUUGCCACUUCUGUGCUGAAAACAAAAGUCUGUCGUACUUAGGAGCGGUUUAAAUACUGCUUUCAGGGGGAAUUUUUCCCAUCAGGCCAUGUGCUCGGCUGUGAAUGCCAUAGGCAUCAGAGUUCUUUCUUGGUCCAAAAUAAAUUUGGAGAAAUAGUUCCAAAUUUCCCUCCCAUUGGGGAUCAUCAGCAGCCGUCUUGAGAAAAUGUCUGUCAUCUUACAGAACAUUACAAAGUUCUCAACUUUGGGUUCCUAGAGGAUGUUGGACUACAAAUGCCAUCAUCCCCCUGUGGCAAGGGGUGAUGGGAGUUGUAGUCCAACACCACUUGGCGUUUCCCGUGUUGGGGGCCCCUGCUGCCGAAACGUGUCUGCUGAAAAUUCCCUGAUGUUUCUUUUGGGGAGAAACCCUGACACUUACUUUAUAACCCACCUUUUCCCGAAAUGUGGGUGCUCGCCUAGCUUUUAUGCAGCUUUGGGUGGUCAAGACAGUUAUUUUCUGAACCAGUGGAACCUGCGAAUAUGUUUUUUUAGCAGCCUGCCUUGGCAUCUGCAACGGGGUUAGCAAAUGACGAGCCUCAGAUAGUGUUGCAAUUAAGUGGGUGGAAUCUCAGAUGGGAGUAACUGAGGGUCCCAUGAAAGAUGUUUGGUAUUCCCCAGAGAAAAAGUGGGAUACACAGAGCAUAGAUUUUCAAAAAUGCAAAACGGUUCCAACAUGUGGGAUUGUGAGUCGAGAAUAAGAGACCAGGAAAACCGAUUCGGCAGGGACGAAUCCCCAUGAGCCCAGUUUAGGGGGCUCUUCUAAAACAGGGGGUCCCCCCAACCAAGGACCCAUCACUCCAAACAAUGGGUCUUCUGUCCCCCAUCUUUAUCAGGCCCCUGAAUUCUGCUGACAUUCCAAUCUGCUUUCAACAAACCGGUGGUUGCUGCUUUAGAAGUCUUGUGUGAUGGCGCUGUGUUAUUAUUAUUUUUUAAAUAGUUUAAUAAUAAUUAUAACGAAAAGAACUGUAUCGUAUUUAAAUUAUCCAUGCUUCACCGCAAGCUCCCAGCCCCACUGUACAAAAAACCAAGGGUGAAUGGAUUGUCGGGUGAUACAGUGAAAUGGAUUUUCUUCGGGAAAGAGAUGUUCGUUUCGUUCUUCGCAUCGCAAGCGAACGAAGGGGGAGCCCCACGGAGGGCGGAUGGAUGCCUUUGGGCGCACGAAACGCCGGACCAGCUGGCCGCUCGUUUCGACGUCUUCUCUUCCGAUACGUUGAAAUUGGACGUGCAACCGUGGAUGGCGAACCGUCGGCACGAAUCGUAUGGCGUCCGAAUUGCUCCGAAGCUUUAAGAAACCCAAUCCAGACUUUGGUGGGAUUUCAAAAGUAACUUUUAGAAGGCAGAAUGAAACGUUAGGUGAACCCGCUUUUGGAAAUUGCAUUCUCCAGUAAAAACCCCUUCCUGCCCCUUAAUAACUUAACCUGGUAACAUUCCAGUGUCAUAACACUCUGCGCUGUUCUUUACCCGCACCGGCACCAUGUCGGGAUACGGAGCAAUGCCAACAAACGUUGAGAUAGGGAAGUUGUCCAUGUCUGAAUAUCUCCAGAUUUUGAAAUUCCAGAUUAUUCCGUCUUGUUUCUGAAGUGGUAUCGAUGCAUUAAAGAUUCUCCGCUCUUCCAUGUUUUAAAUUUC